GCUGACCAGUUUCUGGGAACCUGCGAGAAUUCUAAGAAACCUCCGAGUUGGUCUUGGGUGGAGUGGAGAAGGGAGCCUUUGCUCGAAACGAAACUGAAAGCAGGAGGGAGGGUAUUAAAGACGCCGCAGGCCGGGCAGCGCACCCUCGGCUCUGCGUCCGCCGGACCCGGGCUUGCCUGGACCCUGAACAAAUCCUCCUCCCUAGCCAGCUGUGAGCGUCAGUGCUGGAAGAUGGCGGACGUGACCAACGGCGAGCGGUGUGCCUCUCCACAGGAGCUGUUCAACAGCAUCGCGGCGCAAGGCGAGCUCGUGAAGUCCCUCAAAGCUAGAAAGGCCUCGAAGGAAGAAAUUGAUUCUGCGGUAAAGAUGUUGCUGUCGUUAAAAACGAGCUACAAGGCGGCCAUGGGGGAGGACUACAAAGCUGACUGCCCUCCAGGGAACUCGGCCCCCAACAGCCAUAGUGACCCAAAAGCCGUAGACGACAAAGAAGAUUUUGUGGACCCGUGGACAGUACGGACGAGCAGUGCAAAAGGCAUUGACUACGACAAGCUCAUUGUUCAGUUCGGAAGCAGUAAAAUCGACAAGGAGCUGGUGAACCGGAUAGAGAGAGCCACCGGCCAGAGACCGCACCGCUUCCUGCGCAGAGGCGUCUUCUUCUCACACAGAGAUAUGAACCAAGUUCUUGAUGCCUAUGAGAACAAGAAGCCGUUUUACCUGUACACGGGCAGGGGCCCCUCUUCUGAAGCAAUGCAUGUAGGUCACCUCAUCCCGUUUAUUUUCACAAAGUGGCUGCAGGAUGUGUUUGACGUGCCGCUGGUGGUGCAGAUGUCGGAUGACGAGAAGUACCUGUGGAAGGACCUCACGCUGGAGCAGGUCUACGGCUACACCCUGGAGAACGCCAAGGACAUCAUCGCCUGUGGCUUUGAUGUCAACAAGACAUUCAUCUUCUCUGACCUUGACUACGUGGGGAUGAGCCCAGGCUUCUACAAGAAUGUGGUGAAGAUUCAAAAGCACGUCACAUUCAACCAAGUGAAAGGCAUCUUCGGCUUCACCGACAGUGACUGCAUCGGGAAGAUCAGCUUUCCUGCCAUCCAGGCCGCGCCCUCCUUCAGCACCUCCUUCCCGCAGAUCUUCCACGGCCGGGCGGACGUCCAGUGCCUCAUCCCGUGUGCCAUUGACCAGGACCCCUACUUCAGGAUGACCAGGGACGUCGCCCCCAGGAUCGGCUAUCCUAAACCGGCCCUGCUGCACUCGACCUUCUUCCCUGCUCUGCAGGGCGCCCAGACCAAGAUGAGUGCCAGCGACCCCAACUCCUCCAUCUUCCUCACCGACACGGCCAAGCAGAUCAAGACCAAGGUCAACAAGCACGCGUUUUCCGGGGGCAGAGACACCAUCGAGGAGCACCGGCAGUUCGGGGGCAACUGUGACGUGGACGUCUCUUUCAUGUACCUGACCUUCUUUCUGGAGGACGACGACAAGCUGGAGCAGAUCAGAAAGGAUUACACCAGUGGCGCCAUGCUCACCGGCGAGCUGAAGAAGGAGCUGAUAGAGGUCCUGCAGCCCCUGAUCGCCGAGCACCAGGCCCGGCGCAAGGAGGUCACGGACGAGAUGGUGAAGGAGUUCAUGACGCCCCGGCAGCUGUCCUUCCACUUUCAGUAACGCACAGAGAGAUGUAAUUUGUCAGUAACCCCAGCCCCGUGGAAUCGCUACAGCCUGUGGGCUCUGCCACACGGUAACCACUGGGCCUGCUGUCAUGAGCCCUGUGUGUACCGAUCCUGUUUCUUCAUCGUCUGUCUUGGCCAGAACACUGCGGGUGAUUGGGUGCUGGCUAAGGUGGCGUGGUCGCAUAGCAACGUCCUGCUGUGAGUCUCACCCACAAAGCAGCCAGGGUUCCAAAUGUACCCUUAGAAUCUGCUCUUAAAAAUCUACACUCUGUGGACGCACACAUGGAACCAGGGUGCCGUCCUUGUGAAACCUAAGCGGGCCUGACAGGUUGACGUGGGGCAGUUUAAUGGGCACAAAAUGUACUUCAGGCCUCGCCAGACAAGAAACGAUGAAUGGCCAAAAGCUUUGCCCGACGUGGAACUGAGAAAGCACCGCUUUAGAGCUGCUUCCACAGGAGCUGUGGGCAGAGGUGGGCAGUUUCACUGAGUUGGGUCUUGUGGGUGAGACUUGCGGACGGCUUACUAAAUGCCAGACCAUGCAUGUAUCCCCCUCCCCCGUUCUCUUCCCGACUACUAUGUGGGCUCCAACGAAUCAUCCCGGCCUGCACGGUGCAGACCCCGCUGGUGUCUGGUGGCCUGGCCGCGCUGCCUUUGCAGGUGCUUCUGCUCUGUCACCCGACCGCAGUGGGGACACAGAGCAGUGCACUGGCCAAGCAGGUGGACGUCGCCCUGGGGGACCCUCUGCAGUUUCUCCGUGUAGCGUGUGAGGUCCUGGGAAACAGAAGCCACGUCUCAGGGAAAGGCCCUGGCCGGAGUCCGCCCUUCCCAAAGGUGCAGAGGCUGCUGGGCGCUCUGCCCCUUGUCACUCGCUUGGGUAUAAAUAAACUUUGCUCCCACCCUUGCA